AUGCUUCAGCUCGGAUGGUGUCUCAAGCCGCUUCAAGCACUUCAUGCAAUGCAAUGGAAGUCGACGUCGAGGAAGGAUCCUCAGAGAGCUGUGGAUCUAUUCCGUGAGAUGACAGAGAUCAUGCGUGUUCAAAAUUCAGACCCGAUCUCACCAGCAUUCGAGACUGCCUCGUCAUCAGAUUUGACGGCUCAGCGACGAGAAAGACGAAGCGAUAGUUCUGGUGCACGAUUCGGUUUUCUGGGAGGCAUAAUCAAAGGCUUGCCAGCUGCAGGAGUUGCUGUACUGUUGAAGCUCCUACGAAAAAUCGUUGGUCCGUCGUAUGAGCGUUACGAAGAAAUGGUGAAAGUGUUCAGCAGCAUGUUGAUUCAUAAGGGACGGAUGCGAGGUGCCGAUGAGAUAAAAGCUCGUGACGCUCACGACGAUGUCCACAGUCCACCAGCUGCACUAGCUGUUUGGAAAAGUGCUGCUCAUGUGGCUAGGACAACGGCCGCUGUGCUAGCUUAUGAGCGAAAACCUCUCUUCUGCGCCAUGAACACACGUCAGCGUGACUGUCUCCUUGCAAUGGCUCGUCUCUCAGCAGUGCUUUCCUUCUGCAUCCAGCUUCUACCGGACUUCAUCGCAAACAUGCUGCGGGUUCUGCUUUCACCACCUCCACUAGCGACAAGUUCCGGUGCUGCCCCAGUCAGUCCACGAUCACCGGAAUAUCACACCGCUACCAGCCCCGUGCACAGCUUCACAAAUGCCAGCCCAUUGUCUUCGUCAGCAGAUUCUCCAGCUAAACUACUGUCAUCCACAUUUGCGCAGCUAUUUUCUAGUAAGAAGGAUGUCAAUGUCAACCUGCUCCAUGUCGACAUGUUGAGUCUUGCUGUCUUCGCGACAUUUGAAGACAGUGAAAUGUCGGAUGCGGAUGGCAAUGACAAAGUCGACGAGAUGCUGACGACACGUUUGCAGCUGCUGUGGUCCAUUGUGAGGCCUUCCGAUGCUCAUCUCAGUGAUGUGGCACGUCUUCGUUCAACACUCGUCGAAGCAACGCUGUCACUCUUGCGCCCGCUGGCUCUUUUCUAUCACGCUCUCACUUUGGUCAAUCCUCCAGAAGCUCUGAAAGAUCCAUCUGUUGACGAAUUUGAGCCGCUGUGUCGAUACAUGGGCCUCCCAUCUCAUCUUACUGAACUUCUUGACGGCUUGGCCAUAGAGCAGCUGUUUGACAUAAGAGGUAAUCCCCUACACCUCAACGAGGAGCUCUACCACAAGUUGCGGCAGCUAUGGCUUCAACAAGGUAUCGCCGAAGAAGUUGUCAAUCAGUAUGAAAUUGAUCAUCGCAACAUGCAGUACGAUUGGGGUCAUUUCUGA